AUGGAUGGAACAUUACAUUUUGAACCAAUACAAUUGCUAUUACAGAAAUUUAGUGAUUGUCUAGAAAAUUUUGGAUUUGGAUAUACGAUAUAUUUUGAAUCGGGAAUACCUGAUGAUAAUAAUAUUUAUUUAUUCCUUGAAAAUAAUCAACAUAAUAUUAAUUAUCUUACUAUUGAAGAAAGUAUUUAUAGUCAUAUUGAUCAUAGGAAAUUAAGUUCAACUGUAUUACAGAAUUUAGGACAGGUUCUUCCUUCUAAAUUAGAAUAUUUAUGUUUAUCCCUUUCAUAUAGGACAAGUGAUCUGGAAAUAUUUUUAAAAAAUUCACAAAAUACUUUUAUUAAGAAAUUAAUAAUUAAAAAUAUGGUAUUUGAUAGGAAUGAGAAGAUUUUAUUUUAUAUAAAGAAAUAUAUUAUGAAGAAGGAAAGGGUCAAAUAUUUGGCUAUUUUGAAUAAAGAUGUUUAUACUAGGGAAGAAAUCGAAUUAUUUUUUUUAAAAGAUGAAGUAAAUGAAUUUAAAUUACAUAAUACUAUAGUUAAAAAAUCCCAUGAUUUAAAUUUUAGUCCAUAUAGUUUUUUAAAUAAUAAUUAUUUGCAAUAUGAAUAA